GGCCCUUCUCCCAACUGGUGCCGCGCGCGUUCUAGAAGCUUCGGGUCGGCGUUGGGGAAGCGUUGGUGGCGCAGGUUCCAGGACUCGGCGGAAAAGAAUCCAUCUCCAUCGGAGGACUGAGCGGGCAUCCGGGCGCAGACAUGCCGGAGAACGCAAGCACAAAGGGGGCCUUUCUGAAUGCGGCCACAGGGAACCGCAACUCCGGCGGCAAUCGCAGUUACCAGGAUAAAGAUAAGCCCGCUCAGAUCCGCUUCAGCAACAUUUCUGCAGGGAAAGCGGUUGCGGAUGCUGUCAGGACAAGUCUUGGGCCAAAGGGAAUGGAUAAAAUGAUUCAAGAUGGUAAAGGUGAUGUGACAAUUACAAAUGAUGGUGCAACAAUUCUGAAGCAGAUGCAGGUUCUUCAUCCUGCAGCCAAAAUGUUGGUGGAGUUAUCAAAAGCACAAGAUAUUGAAGCUGGAGAUGGCACUACAUCUGUUGUGGUCAUUGCAGGUGCUCUCCUGGAUGCUUGUUCCAGACUUCUUCAGAAAGGAAUUCAUCCCACCAUCAUUUCGGAAUCAUUCCAGAAGGCAUUGGAAAAAGGCAUUGAAGUCUUGACCAGCAUGGGACAGCCUGUUGAACUGAGUGACAGAGAAACCCUCCUUAACAGUGCAACUACGGCAUUGAAUUCUAAGGUUGUAUCGCAGUAUUCUAGUCUCCUUUCGCCAAUGAGUGUUGAAGCUGUGAUGAAGGUGAUAGAUCCAAUUACAGCUAGCAGCGUGGAUCUUAGAGACAUUAAAAUUGUUAAAAAACUUGGGGGCACAAUUGAUGACUGUGAACUCGUUGAAGGGCUGGUGCUUACACAAAAAUUGGCCAAUACUGGAGUGACCAGAGUGGAGAAAGCUAAAAUAGGUCUCAUUCAGUUUUGCUUAUCUGCUCCAAAAACAGAUAUGGAUAACCAGAUUGUUGUUUCUGACUACACUCAAAUGGAUAGAGUAUUGCGUGAAGAGAGAGCCUACAUUCUAAAUUUAGUUAAGCAAAUUAAGAAGACGGGUUGCAAUGUACUACUCAUUCAGAAAUCCAUUUUAAGGGAUGCUCUAAGUGAUCUGGCUCUACAUUUCCUGAACAAAAUGAAGAUUAUGGUGAUCAAAGAUAUUGAAAGAGAAGACAUUGAAUUUAUAUGUAAGACUAUUGGAACUAAGCCAGUUGCUCAUAUUGAUCAGUUCACUGGUGACAUGCUGGGAUCUGCCGAACUUGCAGAAGAAGUUAAUUUAAAUGGAUCUGGAAAGCUAGUUAAGGUUACAGGCUGUGCUAGUCCUGGAAAAACAGUAACAAUUGUGGUACGAGGGUCUAAUAAACUGGUGAUUGAAGAGGCUGAGCGUUCCAUCCAUGAUGCUUUGUGUGUUGUCCGUUGUUUGGUCAAGAAAAGAGCCCUAAUUGCAGGUGGUGGAGCACCAGAAAUAGAGUUGGCAUUACGCUUGAAUGAAUAUUCUCGUAUUUUAAGUGGCAUGGAAUCUUACUGUGUUCGUGGUUAUGGAGAGGCUCUAGAAAUUAUUCCAUCUACCCUGGCUGAAAAUGCAGGCCUUAAUCCGAUAUCCACUGUUACAGAGUUGAGAAACAGACAUGCACAAGGAGAGAAAACUGCUGGCAUCAAUGUCAGAAAGGGUGGAAUUUCAAAUAUCUUGGAAGAGCUGGUGGUUCAGCCUUUAUUAGUGUCGAUCAGUGCUCUCACUCUAGCUACAGAAACAGUUCGCAGCAUUCUUAAGAUUGAUGAUGUGGUGAACACUCGAUGAAAUGACUAAAGGAAGAGGCAGUACUCUUAACUAGUACACUAUCCUAAGUUUGGAACUUGGCUCCUUUAUAGAGGCACUGCAUUAGACACCUACUUAACUUGCGGUUGUGUUCAUGUUCUGUCAAUCUUAAAUUAAUAAAACCUCAAUUUCAAAA